AUGGGAGCUAAUUGGACUUCACCGAGUUUAAUUGAUCUUAUCGAUUCUUAUACUUUCCUCGAUGGUCACAACAAUAUUCCAGAUUUGCUAUCUAAUUUUGAUAACUACAGCUAGUUAGAGGAAUAUAUUCAAGAAUCAUUUAGCAUUUUCAAUCAGAAUAUCGUUGACCUUAAUGAGAAAUUUGGAAUCAGUGAGAUAAAUGUAGUGACUGUGAUGAAUUCAUAAAAUAAACUUUCUAAAGUGUUAAAACAAAGAUUCUUCAAGAAGUUCCUGAAGCAUAUUGAAAUAUGCAUCACAUUUGCUGAAUAAGAAUUUCUAUGUGAACAAAGAAAGCACGAUUUAAAAUCAAUUAGCAGGUAUAUAGAAGAUGAAGAAAGAGACCUCUGCCCUAUUUGUGACGAUAAAGAUAGCGAUAUUUUACUGGUUUGCAUGCAUGUGUUUUGUGAAUAGUGCAUUACUGAUUGGUAUUUAAGGAAUGGAUCAUGCCCUAUGUGCAGAAUUGAAGCAGGUCUUGACAACUAUCUAAUGGUCAAGCCUGUUGAGAUGAGUCUGCUGAGAACUGUCUUGAAAGAUUGA